UUGCAAAUUGCGGUAACCUCACGGUGAUUUAGGCUAUGUGGCUUGGUAUGGAAACAAAAGAUGCUUUUGAAGGAGUAAAUGAUAGGGUAUGAUAGAGUAAAUUAGUAUAAGACAAACGAUGGUUUCUGCAGUAUCAGCUAUUUUCGGAAGUACAUUCUUUUUUCUGCACCUUUGUGCAUGUGUGUUUGGCCAAAUUCCUCAAGGUUCUAAAAAGUAUUUUGCUUCCAGUUUCGACAUUCCUUUUAUUCGCUGUAGUGUCUGUCAAAGAGCUCUAAAACACAUCAAACAUGAGGUGUCUCUAUCGCGAGAUGAAGCAUCUGCAAAGGGCAAAAAGGUAGAUGAAGAUGAAAUUCUCAGUAUUGUGGAAGCGUCAUGCAAUCCUGAUAAAAAGCAAGGAGAAUGGAUAUCUAGAUAUGAUAUAGAAGAGCAACCAAGUGGUUUAAAGUUAGUUGAGAACAAGUCACCUAGCCGAUGCAAACAGGAAUGCAAGACAAUUUCCAAAGCCUGCGAGGAAAGCAUUGGAGACAUUGAUACCGAUUUAGGAGAGUUUUUAUGGCAAGACCAGUUGUCACUUUCACAGUUGAUAAACAAAGUUUGCUAUGAAAUGACUGGCAUCUGUACACAGAAACUGCCCAAGUUUAAGCCUGGGAAAAGAGAAGAUGAAAUUUUUGUACCCAUGACUGAAGACGAAAAAAAGGCAUAUGAUAUGAUGAAGCAAAUGAAAUCAAUGCCUGGAAUGCCUGGCAUGGAUAUGUAUUCAAAAGAAGAUAUUGCAAAAAUGCAAGAGCAAAUGAAAAGCCCUCCAAAUGAAGAGGAUGCACAGAAUGCUAAUAAAGAUGAAGCAACACAUCAACAAACAAACUUGGGAUUUUUUGACACAAUGAAAGCUACCUUUUCUUAUCUAUAUAAACGCAUCAAAAAUAUAUUUUCAUUUAGAAAUAGGAAAACAGAAUUGUGAGACUUGCAUCAGUCAUAGUGCCCUGAUGUAUGUUGUAAAACAGUGGGGAAGAGGGCAAUUGACCUGAUUGCAGGCUAUGCACAAAAUAUUGUAUAUUGAGUAGGUUCUUAUCGUUUGCAAACAAGCAGAGAUGAUGGCACCCUGCCCCUGAGCACUUCUGUUGUCAGACACCCUGUCAGUGAGUGUAAUUUAGCUUGCUGUUAUCUUUUACAAAAGGUUGUUUGCAUCAUUCUUACCCAUGGGGUGCUGAAACAGUACCUUUCUACUCUCCUUGAUUCUUAUUUCACUAACAGAUAAAUCCUUUAAAUGUUUAGGAAAUUUAUUGGUAAUAUACAAAAGAUGCUUAUUGGAUAUUUUGAAAGUGUAUAAGAUUUAAAUAUUCUAAAUAAUGGAACAAUUAGUUAUUUGAUAAAGAA